AUGCGCAGCUUUUGGAGGAAAAGCCAUAACCAUACCCUGCAACACCUCAAAACAAUACGCGGCAACUAUAAUCUGAGACACUCACAUGAUUUCAGUUUUCAACUUCAACGUGCAAGCCAAAUAUCACCCAAACCCCUAAUCAUAGACAGAGACCCACACAUUGUGAAAUGUACCAAUUCAAUUUCUGCUCACAUGCGCAAUGGCCACUGCCAUUUGGCUCUCCGUGUCUUCAACGCCAUGCCUUACAGGAACUUGUUUUCCUGGAACUUAAUGCUUACUGGGUAUGUCAAAAACCGCAGACUCGGUGAUGCCCGCUACUUGUUUGAUUUAAUGCCUCAAAAGGAUGUUGUUUCAUGGAAUACCAUGUUGUCUGGUUAUGUCCGGAGUGGAUGUGUUGACGAGGCUAAAUUAGUUUUUGAUAUGAUGCCUGUUAAGGAUUCCAUCUCUUGGAAUGGGUUGCUUUCUGUGUAUGUUCAGAAUGGGAGACUUGAGGAGGCCCGUUGGUUGUUUGAGUCGAAGCGGGAUUGGGAAGUUAUUUCAUGGAAUUGUUUGAUGGGUGGGUAUGUGAAGAGGAAGAUGCUAGAUGAUGCUAGGCAGCUUUUUGAUCAUAUGCCUGUUAGGGAUAUAAUCUCUUGGAAUACCAUGAUUUCGGGUUAUGCGCGGGAUGGAGAUUUGUUGCAAACUAGGAGAUUGUUUGAGGAGUCUCCGGUACGGGAUGUUUUCACGUGGACAGCAAUGGUGUAUGCUUAUGUGCAGAAUGGAAUGUUGGAUGAAGCGAGAAGGAUUUUUGAUGAAAUGCCGGGAAAAAGAGAGAUGACUUACAAUGUGAUGAUUGUGGGUUACGUGCAAUGCAAGAAAAUGGAUAUGGCAAGGGAAUUGUUUGAGGCAAUGCCUUGUCGGAAUGUGGGGUCAUGGAAUAUCAUGAUCAGUGGCUAUGUUCAAAACGGCGAUAUUGCUCAAGCUAGGAAAGUAUUUGACAUGAUGCCUCAGCGUGAUUGUGUAUCUUGGGCAGCAAUUAUCGCUGGUUAUGCUCAGACUGGUUACUGUGAAGAAGCUAUGGACAUGCUUGUGGAGAUGAAACGGGAAGGAAAAAGUUUAAAUAGAUCUUCCUUUUGUUGUGCUCUGAGCACAAGUGCUGAUAUGGCUUCUUUGGUGUUAGGGAAACAAGUUCAUGGGCAGGUGGUGAAGACAGGGUAUGAUAAUGGGUGUUUGGUGGGAAAUGCACUUCUUGAAAUGUAUUGUAAAUGUGGCAGCAUAGGUGAAGCCUAUGAUGUGUUUGAAAGAAUACAGCAGAAAGAUAUCAUCUCUUGGAACACAAUGUUAGCUGGUUAUGCUAGGCAUGGAUUUGGCGGACAGGCUUUAUUGGUGUUUGAUUCAAUGAAGAUAGCAGGUUUUAAACCUGACGAAAUUACCAUGGUUGGUGUUCUUUCGGCUUGCAGUCAUACUGGCAUGACUGAUAGGGGAAUUGAAUAUUUUUAUGCAAUGAAUAAAGAUUAUGGUAUAACACCAAAUUUAAAACAUUAUAACUGCAUGAUUGAUCUUCUUGGUAGAGCUGGCCGCCUGGAUGAAGCACAUAACUUAAUGAAAAACAUGCCUUUUGAACCAGACGCUGCAACCUGGGGAGCUCUACUCGGUGCAAGCCGGAUUCAUGGCUAUACUGAACUGGGUGAGAAGGCUGCUGAGAUGCUUUUUAAUAUGGAACCCCAUAAUGCGGGAAUGUAUGUCCUUCUUUCAAAUUUAUAUGCAGGUUUAGGCAAAUGGGUUGAUGUUGGCAAGCUUAGAUUAAAAAUGAGACAACUUGGUAUUCAGAAAAUACCCGGGUAUAGUUGGGUUGAGGUACAAAAUAAGAUUCAUACAUUCACAGUUGGUGAUUGUUUGCACCCGGAAAAAGAUAGAAUCUACGCUUACUUAGAAGAGUUAGAUCUAAAACUGAAGCAUGAGGGGCAUGUUCCUUUGGUAAAAUUGGUUCUACACGAUGUGGAAGAGGAAGAGAAGAAGCGAAUGCUCAAGUAUCACAGUGAGAAAUUAGCUGUGGCAUUUGGAAUUUUGACCAUACCUGAUGGUAGACCGUUACGUGUCAUGAAAAACUUGCGCAUGUGUGAAGACUGUCAUAAUGCCAUCAAGCACAUAUCUAAAAUUGUUGGAAGAUUGAUAAUCUUAAGGGAUUCUCAUCGCUUUCAUUACUUCAGUGAGGGUAUUUGUUCUUGUGGAGAUUAUUGGUGA